UAUGUAUAUGUAUCUUUGUGGUACUUAUUUUGAAGAGACAAGUGCCUUUAAUUGUUGAGUUAGACUUUGAUAGUUAUAAGAGCUUAAGGUUAUCAACCACUUGAGAGAAACAGAGAGAAAUAUUUUGAAGCAAAAAAAAUGGGUUACUGGAAAACAAAAGUUCUUCCUAAACUCAAGAAGGUUUUUGAGAAAAAUGGUACUAAAAAAGCUGCUGCAGCUGAGGCCUCUAAAUCCUUUGAUGAAUCAAAGGAGGGAAUCAAUACUGAGUUUGAGGAAAAGAAAACUGAACUUCAAACUAAAGUUCUUGCAGUAUAUGAGGCUUCUUCAACUGAAAUUAAGGGCGUGAUCAAAGAACGAGAUGAAGCAGGGCUAAAGAAGAACUCAACAGAAGUUCAGAAAUUCAUAGAUGAACUUGUUAAAAUUGAUUUUCCUGGAUCAAAAGCAGUAUCUGAAGCAUCUUCGAAAUUCGGACCAGCCUUAGUUUCAGGUCCUGUUUUCUUUGUUUUUGAGAAAGUAUCAACUUUCAUAGUGACAGAGGAAAAAACUGAAGAAGCACCUAAAACAGAAGAGGAAACAAGUGGUGUAAAAGAUAGGGAAAUUGUGGUUGAAGAAGGGAAAAAAGAAGAAACAAGUGAAUCUGCAGCAGAGAAGGCUGAGGAAAAGGCUAAGGCUGCAAAUGACACUCUUCCUCCUCCUCCGCCGGAAGUGGCGGAGAAACAGGAAGAGAAACCGGUUGAACCAACCGCAGUUGAAACAGCUGCGGUUGAAAAAGAAAAAGAAGAUCCACCAAAGGCUUGAAAAAUUGUUGAUGAAUUGAAGAUCAUGAAUAUGUUGUAUAUGUGUAAUAGUUUGCAUAUACUCUCAAAAAAUGUUACAUAGCAAUCUCUUAUUCUUUGAUAUAUGUGUAAUUGAAUUUGCUUUGCUUAGUUUGAUGCAUGUGAAUGUGUAUUGUGAAUCUCAUUUUGUAAUUUUCAUUUUUUUUUUCAUUUUAAUGUCAAAGAAUUGUGACUUUGGAUUGGAUCAAUUUGUUCUUUUAAUCA